AUGCGGGCCUGGCUGAUUGGUCUGAACGAGAGGUCCGAGAAGCGGCAGCAGAAGGUUGACGACAAGGAAGAGCUCGCCCAGGCGAACUUGGACCUGAAGCGGACCAAGGAACUUGCGGGCAAUUUUGCGGCGGCCCAACAUUUCGGCUUUUUUUCCAAGGAUUAUCAGCCGGCUGACGAUUUCGACCCCUUUGAUGAUAAGGACUUGAUGCAUCCAGGCAUGUCCAAGGUUGAUCGGGAUGAGAAGCUCUUGGCGGCCUUGCUCCUUCCCAUCGACAAGGACCUCAAGCAUCCAAGUGAGGUGAACGAGAAGGAGCAUCGCGUGGUUGAUGAGACGAGCUUCUGGGCGACUCGUGAGCAGGUUAGGGCCAUUCUUCAGGAGGAUGUGGAGAAGCCGGAUCAGAGCCGGGCCCUGGCUGAACUGACGGUGUUGAUGAACACCACGGUGAUGGGGCCGACAGCUGAGUAG